CGGGGGAUUUCUAAAAAUUUCUCUCUUGAACGGGAGAAGGGGAGCUCGUCGAUUAAGCUCAGCUACCACUAUAAAAGUGGCAACUAUGCUGGUGGCCAAGCAGUACCGCUGUACACACUCAGCAGCCUGUGUAUGCACAAAGGGUCAUUUGAGUGAGGAUGCAAUUUUCUUGGUAUUUCAGCACCUCAACUGGAACCCUAGGUUAAUUGCAACAUUAUCUUGUGCCUGCAAAUGGUUUGACGAAAUUGCCAAGCAUGUGUUGUGGAAAGAAUUCUGCCGUACCAGGGCCCCUAAAAUGAUGCUAGAUCUGCAGUCCAGUGGAAGUCAUAGUAUUGAUGGGAAUUGGGAAGCACUUGCGAAACUUCUCAUUUACUGCUCAGGAUGUACUAAGGGGGGUCUAGGACUUCUAUUUAACAGGAUUCAUAUCCCAGGUCACUUUGUCUAUAGGACACGGUUCUCUAGGACUUCUGGCAAUAGUUUUCUUAUUCCACAGUGCAGAACCGAUGUCUUGUACGUAUCAGAUCCCUGUGAGCAUCUUGAUCAAGGAGAAGAGGGCGAUGUUGGGUUUUUUCGUGGUAUCUUCAAGUCCUUCUCCACUUCAAAAGUUAGGAAAAUGCUGAUAGAUAGGCGAGCCAAGCUCCAUCCAACAGAGGUUUGUCCGUAUUGCAAGGCAAAGCUGUGGAGCAUGCUUCAGGCGAAGAUGAUACCCAUGAGUGCGUGCACCAGGUUGGGUUCCUUUGAUGAUUGCAUAGAAUACUAUGUAUGCCUUAAUGGGCAUAUGUUUGGGAUCUGCACUCUCUUACCACUCUCUGAUUCCGAAGGUGCAUCAGAAUUGGAGUGAUGUUGGAAACAUGAGGAAGGUUGUGAACUUUUGAAGCUACUGCAGAGAAACUGGUGGUGUACCUUUACUUUCUCAUGUAAUGGGUACAUAAGACUAUAUGUCCAGAAGUUCUAUAUUUGGUGUAGGAGCACAUGGGAACUUGUCUGUGGGUAUAUCCCUCAACCUCAGGUGUUUUAGGUGCCGUCUCAGUCCUUGGGAUCUGGCCAUGUUAAUACUUGUACUGCUUUCCUUGUAUGAAUAUGUGAACUAUCACUUGUAGUUUAAUAUCUCGAGUCCGAGGCGUAUCACUUGGUAUAUAUGGUUCGUUUUUCGUUCUAACGCUCUCCCUAUGUUGAGUUAAAUGCAUGCGCACAUUCUUCUUCUUGUUGA